UUUUUCCAAGUCAAUGCAGAUUAUUGUUUACGCAUCUCUUAUUUUCCAUGGCUGAUGCAGUCAAUGGAGAUGACUUAUCUAGAGUGAGUGAUAUUCGUCAACUGCUAACCUAAUUACCCUUGGCUCUUUAGUCUAUAUUUGAGCACCUUUCAGCAGAAGUUCAAGGCCUGAUUUCUGUAAUCCUCUCAGUACUCAUGGCUGUGAUCACUACUCUGAGCAGCUUUUCAAGACCAUGGUUUCAACCAUCAUGGCUUUACACUGCAACUUUCUUAGCCUUUACCACCUUAAUCUAUGUGAAUAUUGUCUCUUGCUCCAAACAUGACAUCCCUAACUAUUCUGAUCAUUGUUCCUCGUUUGUCCCUGAAUUAACCCCUACUGAUCCUGAAGUAACCAUCGUCCCGUUCUCCCCGGAACAAGAUGGUUACUUCCUUGAUGGGGAUGAGUUACUGAAUCAGUCACACUCAUCUGGCUUCUAUGUUCCUUCAAAUGACAGGAGAGUUCUUCUUUUACGUACCCACCAUGUCUAUCGUACUAGACAAGACGAUGUCUUUAAGGUUGAGGCGAGUUUGAUCCUUCAACCAUCACGUAUCCAACAUCAUUAUGCUAGUUCUCCCAUUGUUAUUUCUAGUUGGUCUGAAACGGGUGUUUUAAAUUUUGAAAUAGAAGGGUUCUGGUCGAAGUCUACCGGCAAGAUUUGCAUGAUUGGCUCAAGUUCUACUCGCUCAGGAGAAGGUAAACAUAGUUUUCCUGCUGUUGUUAGGCUCACUGAUGUUAGUAGCUCGACUAAAAUUACUAGCUUGAUUAGAGGAACAUUGGAGAGUUUGGGCUCUGAUGGUGAUUCAAGUUAUUUUCAUCCAAUUUCUUUCUUGAUGUUCCCUCUUAUCAAUUACACAUACACCGAGGUUACAAAAGAAGCUGACUCUGGAUGUCCUGGUGGGCUUGAUGUUGCCAAGAGUUCGCUCAGCUUACCACUGAGUGUUUCCAUUUGUUCACCAUUUUCAAAUAAUGACUAUCCAUUUCAACUAGAGUAUGCUCCUUCUUGCAAUUCUACAAAAAAUUGUAGCCCUUUUGAAGGUGGUGCUGGAAUUUUGCCUCCAAUGAUGUCUUUGCGAUCAAUCCAAUGUUCGGAUGAUGGCCGAAGAAUGAGAUUUUUGCUAGAGUUUCAUAACAUUAGCUCUUAUUCAUAUUACGGCCCCUUUGAUUCAAACACAACAUUGGUUGCUGAAGGAUCAUGGAACGCUCGGAAGAAUCAACUUUGUGCGGUUGCUUGUCGAAUCUCCACUCCAACCAAGUUUUGGGAUAGUUCUCAAGUUGAGGAUUGUUCUAUGAGGUUGAGUUUGAGAUUUCCUUCAGUUUUGUCAAUCAUAAAUACUAGUAGCAUUGUGGGACAUAUCUGGAGUAACAAAACUUCAGGUGCUUCUGGUUACUUUGAUCGGGUAAGCUUUCAUAAUCAGAAAAGUGGUUCAGUUAAUAUUCCAGGUUUGAAGUACGAGUACUCACUCGUUGACAGAGCCAAAAAGUCAUGCCCAAAGAAGCAGCUUAGUAAAAGUAAAGGGAAGCAGUAUCCACGAGCAAAUCCAUACAACUUGCGUUUUAGUAUGUCAUUCAAGAAUUCCAAAGGAAAAAGAUCCAGAUGGGGCAGUGCCGAUACUUUCUUUGUGGGUGAUAAAAUUGUUCCAAGGAACUACUGGUCAAGUUCAGAGCCAGGGAACUCAAAGGACGAAGCAGAUAUACAGCCGAUGAACAUGAGCUACCAUAUAAGCUGGACAUUAUCAUAUAAUGAUUCUUCAAAUCAAUAUGAAAGUGUACAGAUUUCUGCUGAAGGAGUCUAUGAUGGUAACACAGGUGUUCUUUGUAUGAUGGGCUGCAAAAAAAUUGACUCGACUAAUCAGAUAUCAACGAUUGAUUCAAUGGACUGUGAAAUUCUUAUUAAUAUCCAGUUCCCUCCUAUGAAUUCAAAAGAUUAUAUUGAGGGCUACAUCAAAAGCACAAGAGAAAAAACAUCUCCUCUUUAUUUUGAAUCUCUUACCUUUUCUUCAGUUCCUAACUAUAAUCAUGGAGAUUCAAUAUGGAGGAUGGAUAUGGAGAUCAUCACGGCUUUGAUCUUUAACACCCUUGCGUGUGUUUCUGUGGCAUACCAAAUUUUGUACAUGAAGAAAAACCCUGGUUUGUUCCCUUUCAUCUCACGUUUAAUGCUUGUAGUACUAAUACUUGGGAGGAUGAUACCUCUGGUGCUCAAUUUUGAAGCUCUAUUCUUGUCAAAGCAAAAUCGUCAAUAUGCCAUGCUUCAAGCUGGCGGAUGGGUUGAAGCAAAUGAGGUACUCGUAAGGGCGAUAACAAUGGUAGCUUUUCUACUGCAAUUUCGACUACUGCAGCUUGUAUGGUCUGCAAAACCUUCUGAUGAAAACAAGAAGGCCUCAUGGAUUGCGGAAAAGAAGACACUAUAUGUGUGUUUACCACUCUUUGUCGUUUCGGGUCUAAUUGCUUUGUCUAUAAACUGGAAGAAUUACAAAUUUGGCGAGGAGAUGAAUUCUAGAAGAAGAUUUUACAGCCAGCAGCAAUCUCUUUGGACGGACUUUACGUCUUAUGCCGGUUUAGUAUUAGAUGGUUUCCUUUUCCCUCAAAUCGUCUUCAACAUUUUCCGAAACUCCAGGGAGUAUACACUCUCUUGUUUCUUCUACAUUGGAACUACACUCGUGCGCAUACUACCGCAUGGAUAUGAUCUUUACAGGACACAAUAUUCUUCAGAUAAUUUUGAAUGGUCGUAUAUGUAUGCGGAUCAUUCUGCAGAUUAUUACUCUACUGCUUGGAAUGUGAUGAUUCCUUUAGUUGGUCUGUUGUUUGCAGCAAUUGUAUUUAUGCAGCAGCGUAACGGCGGUCGUAGUAUCUUGCCCAAGAGAUUCAAGGAGGUGGAAGCAUAUGAGAGGGUGCCAUUGUUUGGUGAUCUGUAGUUGCAUAUCUGAUGGUGGGGAUUUGGGUGGAUACAAUUAUUUGAGUGUGCAAAAGACUUGCUCAUUGCUAACGUUUCCAAGUCAAUAUGAGCACUAUUAGUUAAACAUUGUCAAGAAAAGCCAUUACUAAAAAUGAAAUCAUUGGAUGUUCAUAACAUAAUUGUUUUUUACUUCAAAACAUUGAAAUUUAUUAUUUAUUUAGUUUUGUUAAACGUUUCA